AUGGUUUUUUGGAGGCAACAGAAAGAGGUUAAAACUAGCAACGGGCCGUACCACGGCCUAAAAGUGCUAGUUCCCAGACCAGGUAGUUCAGGCCCGGAGCCUGUGGUAGAUAUCAUCUUUGUCCAUGGGUUAAGCGGCGACUGCAUCGAGACAUGGAAGCACGCCGAUGCCGAAGUGCCAUGGAUCAUGGACAAAAGCUUCUUGGGUGACGACCUCUACGAACGGGCGCGCAUCAUGACCUUUGGCUAUAACGCCAAUGUGUUUCAAAAUGUCACCACAAGUCGGGUCAUUGACCAUGCAAAUAUUCAGUCCACAACAGGCGGUCUAAUAUUCAUGGGAACGCCUCACGAGGGUUCUUGCCAGGCCUCGCUGGUACAAAUGUUUCAGAAUAUCGCCUCCUGCUUCACGAUGGGACAGAACAAGACGUCCCUGACACAGGAGCUUGAGACCUAUUCAGCCUCGACAAUGGACAUCAACCAGUCCUUUAUGCAGAAUGCAUCACGAUCCCUAGAAAUCGUGUGCUUUUAUGAGACCUUACCUACCAGACUCCCUCAAGGGGAACAAAUGAUUGUGAAGAAAGCAUCAGCAGUAAUUAACGGCAACGGCGCUCGAAACAUUGGCAUGGAAUGUAAUCACCUGGAAUUGUGCAAGUUCGGUAACCCCGAAGAAGGUCGUUUUGAGUCGACCUUCCGGCCCCAGCUUGAGAUGGUGGUGGAUAAUGCUAUUCGAAAUAAAGCCGCGCCAUCGGUUUCCGAAGCGGCUAGCGCGCUAAAGGCAUAUUACACUAAGGGGAACGCUCUCAAGAUCCAACGGCUCUCCGGUAAACAAUUGCCGAUGGAAAACUGCUACAUUAAUCUAGCCAUCAUUCGGUUGGAUCCUACUGAAGUACCGCAUAUAUCGGAAUCUUCUUCGUUUUUACUUACCGAGCGCCUUCAGCUCGGAUUAAACGGCGAAAAUGUGCAACUAUAUAAUCUAUUUAACCCGAUAAAACUCUCAAAUGACGAAGAAAAGAGGCCUAAGCGAAUCCUUAUCCGUGGGAGAGCAGGAGUAGGAAAGUCUACCCUAUGUAAAAAGAUUGUUUACGAAUACAUUCAUAAUGGAAUGUGGAAAGAGCAUUUUGACUGGCUGAUCUGGAUCCCUCUGCGAAUACUCAAUGGUAUCAAGGCAAAUGGGCCCUAUACGCUCAGAGAUCUCUUCGUUCAAUAUUUUUGCAAUAGCAAGGAACUCCCAGACCUUGCAUGGGAUGCCGUUACAGGGUCAGCUAAGGACAAAACUCUCUUCGUUCUUGAUGGAUUGGACGAGGUAUAUGGCAAGUGGAAGCCAGGGGAGCCUAUGAAACGAUUUCUAGAAUAUCUUCUCGCACAAGACCAGGUCAUUAUUACAACUCGGCCCUAUACACUGGACCGGGGAAAUCUCGAGCCGAUUGAUCUUGAACUAGAGACUAUUGGAUUCUACCCCGAGCAGGUGGUAUCCUACCUCAAAAAUGAAGAUAUUGUAUUAAGGAAUGUGGCUGAAGAGAUCCAACUCUUCUUAAAUAAACGUCCAAUCGUUCAGGAGUUGGUCCGGAUUCCAAUUCAGCUCGACGCACUGUGCCACAGCUGGAGUAAAACAUUUAAGAACGAGGCUCUAGAGACGAUGACUGAUAUCUAUCAGAAUAUUAUAAAAGAGUUAUGGCGGAAAGAUUUACUUCAGCUGCAAACACGAAAUACAGAGACGGAAGAGGUACUGAGGGAAAUUGCCGAGCCAGAAGAUGAAGAAGAAGUGAAGGAUGCAGAAAAUCUGGUAGAAGGCUUUGCUUUCUACGGUAUGUAUAAUGGAAUCGUUGAAUUCGGGGCAGAUGAGCAAGGCCUGAUCUACAAGAACCUGGCCAAUCAAAGUAUAAAGUCCCGCAGAACCCCGGGCCUUGUUCUUGGAAAGGUGUCGUUUCUGCGCACGUCGGAUAAUACCCUCGGAGGAGACCUACGAAGUUAUCAUUUCCUCCAUCUUACUUUUCAGGAGUUAUUCGCUGCCCGAUAUUUCGUGAGACAGUGGUUGGACGAUAAGCCGCUAUAUUUGGUCGAAAGCAAUUCGACGACUAUGCCAAAAAUCUUUUUACAAGAUAAAAAGUAUCACUCGCGCGAGGUGGCAGGCUCUAAGCCUGGAGGAGCUCUAGAAGGUCGAAAGAAAUUGGAGACCCGGCUGCUUCAGUGGGUGGAUUUUGAAUGGGAAUUUCGCAAAACAACUGAGCUGUUGUCAGAGGCUGAAUUUCUAGAGGUUGGUAUAAAUACCUUUCUACGUGAAAGUUUUCGCAUCAGGAAGAGUCAUAUUUUACGUACAUUGAGUAGGCGGCCAAGAUUAUCAGAAGACACAAUAGGCAUUAUAACCUCACUGCUGAAAGAUAAAGACACAGAUAUAAGGAAGGCUGCAGCUGAAGCCUUGGGAGGCCAGUUAACCCUACCCGAGGCCACUCUUGAUAGACUCGUCUUACUACUUGAAGACAAAGACGUCGGUGUAAGAGAGGCUACAGUUAGGGCCUUAGGGGUUCAGUCAACUCUACCCCAAGCUACUAUCGACAGACUCGUCUUACUACUUAAAGACAAAGAUACCAAUAUAAGAGUGGCUACAGCUGCAGCCUUGGGAGGCCAAUCAGGUCUAUCCCAAGCUACUCUUGAUAAACUCGUCUUACUACUUAAAGAUAAAAGCGCCGGUAUAAGAGAGGCUACAGCUAGGGCCUUAGGGGGUCAGUCAACUCUAUCCCAAGCUACUCUUGAUGGACUUGUCUUACUACUUAAAGACAAAUAUACCACAAUAAGAGGGGCUGCAGCUGAAGCCUUGGGAGGCCAGUCAACCCUGCCCCAAGCUACUCUUGAUGGACUUGUCUUACUACUUAAAGACAAAAACGCCGAUAUAAGAGGGGCUGCAGCUAGGGCCUUAGGGGGUCAGUCAACUCUACCUCAAGCUACUCUCGACAAACUUAUCUUGCUACUUCACGAUACGAACUUCUGGGGAACAAGACAGGCUGCAGCUAAAGCCUUAGGAAGCCAGUUAAACCUGUGUCAAGCCGCGCUUGACAGACUUAUCUUGUUGCUUAAGGAUGAGGAUUGGAGGGUGAGAAGUACCGCAGCCGAUACCUUAGGAAGAGGAUUUAAUCUAUCUCAAGCCGCGCUUAAUGGACUUAUAUUGCUACUUAAAGAUGAGUACUGGGAGUCGCGAGUGUCUGCAGCUAGUGCCCUAAAAGAACAGUCCAAUCUACCUCAAGCUGCACUCGAUGCACUUAUCUUACUACUUAAGGAUAAAGAUCAGAGUGUGAGAAAGGCUGUAGCUAAUGCUAUAGGAGGACAGUCAAACCUACCUCAAGUUGCGUUUGAUGGACUUAUCUUGCUACUCAAGGAUAACGACUGGGGACCAAGAAAUGCUGCAACUAACGCUCUAAAAGGACGGCCAAACCUACCCCAAGCUAUUCUUGAUAGUCUUAUCUUGUUACUCAAGGAUGAGGACUGGAGGCGUAGUUAUGCUGCGGCUAAUGUCUUAGAAGGACAAUUAAAUCUACCCCAAGCUGUGCUUGAUCAGCUUAUCUUGCUGUUUAAGGGUAAUGACUGGCAGAAGAGAAUUUCUGCAGUUAAUGUCUUAAAAAGACAGUCAAACUUACCUCAAGCUAUGCUCGAUGAACUUAUCUUGCUACUCAAGGAUAAGAGCCAUGAGGUAUGGAAGCUCGCAUUUGGUAUUCUAAGCAAGUAUGAAGGCCUUACUAUCCCUCCAGCCUAUAUUGCAGAGCCACAGUUGUUCAUGUGGUGGUUAGAGAAAAGUUUUGCGCAGCAAGUAAGCGUUUACCAACAGGAGAAUACCCUCUUUUUCAAUAUGCUAGGGAAGUUAAACCAUGCUCCGUUGGGUUGGACAUUUCGUUUGAAAUUUCAAUGGACGCGGAGAGGUCUGGGGAUGCCUUAA